UUAUUUAUCAUACAUUCGCGUUUGUCCGACAUAAGAUCCGCCAGUGAGUCUCCACGGUGACUUGGAUACUUGGUCCGCGAUGCAAACUUACAUAAGACCUUAACAAUACGUAGUCGUUUUAACGAUAAGAGAGUUAACAAUUUUACAUCACUCACCAGUCGUGGAUUUGUAAUUGAAAGGACGGGCCUACGGAAAUAAUACAUUUUCAAGAAGAAGGAACGCAAAAUGAUCAUUUUUAAAAUUCCUUCAGUCCGAAUCAUCCUUCUCGUGUUCGCAUUACGAAUCUCCAGAGAUUUGGUACUAUUUCAGGACGUUUUGUAUUCUUGACUCUGGAAUUUUAAUCAGUGAUCCCGUAUAAGGGAUGAAAAUUGGUCACCUUUUCACCGAACAUUAUCGUUAAACCAGUCCGACCUUUCACCACUCUCCAUCCAGCAAAAAUGCCUUAGUAGCGUAUAGUAAAUAUGUGAAACAAAGAGGAGGACUCAGGUUCAUUCGAGGGAACUAUAAAAGGCGGCGAUAGUCCCGGCGCUAGAGAAAAAAAAAAAAAGAAAAAAAAUGAAAGUGUCAUUGUCCAUAGGGAUCGGCCGGGCCGUGCUAGAAGCACAGGGCACAGGACUCGAAUUGUCCGAAGAGGAACUCGCGCGCGCGGUGCUCUCACCUAUGGGAGCACAAUGGCCGCAGUGCGCAGAGUUUGCGGAGGAUCAUCAAUGGUGCACGGCCGAGGAUGAUGAAUAGGAGAGAUAGCCAGAGUACCGGGUAUAAGUACAUGCGCAUUAGCGUUCGCGCUUUGUUCUUGCUGUAUGGAGCAGUUACGUGUUCGUUGGGGCCGACGUGUCGAGAUACGAGGACGGCGCAGAUGUGGGUGUUUCGGGUGCCUACGGGGAGCUGGAAAGAGUGCGUGUACGUCGAGGGGAGUCGGCCGGUUGCGGAGGACUCUAACGCGUUCCAGAUGCUGUGGGCUUUGUUCCCAUCGAUGUGCUCUCGCCUCUCCUGCCUGCUUCUCUUCGUUCCUUCUUCGCUGCUCUUUACUCUCGCUGGUAAGACGCUGGUGCGCAGGAGGCUGCACGUGCAUCUUUCGAAGACGGGAAGAGGGGCCGUGGAACGAAGAGACUCGAGGAACGGAACCGUCCAAGAGGAGGAAGAGAGCUGCUAGGCACCGAGGAAACGAGAGAACUAAGGAAUAUGGAGAAACGGAGGACGGAUCGUGGCCAAGAGAACGGAGGCUGGAAGGCGGAGGACGGAGGAAGCGGCCUAGACUAAGGAUGUCCUCGAAGAGGAAGUCGCCACCAACGAAGCUAUCGGAGGGUGGGGGCGGUGCGGGAACAGUGGCGGGCUCUGCCGAGGAGGAGGAAGACACCACCUCGCCGGUGGCGGCAGCCGGAGCUGAGACAGCCAACGAAGAACCCAGUGCUCCAGGAGCGGUUGAAAUUGAGGAGUGCUACCCCAUCCAGAGGGGCGAGUGCGAGUCUUCCGGAUGCUCGUCGCCGGCGACCACCAGCGAACCGGAACUCCGUGACUCCCCGUCGCCCUCGCCGAAUUCACCUCCAGCCCCAAAGAGGCAGAGGCUCUUCCUCGCCGGUCAGGACGGCUACACUCCGCAGCAUCACCAUCAUCACCACCACCACCACCACCACACGAACACCUCGUCCUCGUCCGUGGGAAAUCCGGAGCCUGCGAGCUCGUCGGAGUGCGGCUCCCCGCCCAGCCUCCUGGGCGACCCCUACUACUCUCAUCAACCUGCUCACAAUCCUGCCCAUCCUCAUCAUCAUCAUCACCACCAUCAUCAUCACAAUAAUAACAACACCAGUAGCAGCAACAACAAUAACAACAGCGCUCAUCACAAUAACAACAACACCGUCGCCCCGAACGACAAUAAUAACACCGUUACGCAAAACAACAACAACAACAAUAACGGUGCCGCCGCCACUGCUGUUGGUACCAAAAGGUCCAUGGACGACGUGCUCAAGAGGCUCACUUGUAAAAUGAACAGCGGUUCGCUAUCGCUACAGGACGACUCGACCAGACGCACUCCGCCGCCAUCAUCCACGCCGACCAGUCACAAUACGCAUAGCAGUAGCAGCAGCAGCAGCAUAUCGAACAGUGUCGCACCGUCGCCACCUGGUGCCGGGAGGUUACAGAACACCGAAGGACAGCAAGACGGUGCCGCUGCCCUUCAGAGAGUACUCUGCGCCGAGAGCUUCGUCGAGAAGGAACGCAGGCUUUCCGAAAUGAUUCUACAGCUGCAAAUGCUUCGGGAACAGCUACUGCAGCAGCAAGAUCAAUCGAAGUCUUUUCCCACUCACAUGACUGUCGACUCGCAGAAGCAAGUCGAGAUGCAGCGGUUACAGACAGAACAUUUGAAGCGGCAACAAGAGCACAUCAUGCAGCACAACAUUCAGGAACUUCAAGCCCAGAUAACAAAGGGCCAGCUGAGCAUGCCGAGUCCGCAGUCGCUGAUGUUCCUUCCGUUUCUCGAACAACUCAGAGGUCUCCCUGUAGCAUCGUCCAUGCCACCUCCAACCUCUACAGCAACCACUGGGAACAAGCAUAUCAAUUCCAUCGUCAAUAUGAUGAGUGGACAUCGGGACGGACCCAGUUGGGCGACAGCUCAUCUGGCACAGAUGAGUACGCAGAUGGAGAAGGAGUCCUCUCCGACGCCAGCCUCAUCUGCCGUUGUUCCAGCUGCAGCCUCACUUCCAGAUCCCGACACGCCCUUGAAUCUCACCAAACCGAAGUGCUCGUCGACCGGAGCAACAGCGUCAUCGUCGCCAGGUAGCGAUUCGCAUCAUUCGAUGGGAGCAGGAAGCAGCGGUCAACAAGAACAGCCACUGGCAGCCACGGCGCCAAAACUCUUCCCACCAGGGCUUCCAAUGUCCCGAAAUUACUUGCCCAGUCUAUCGUACGCAGGACUUCCACCUCACCUCAGUCCUAUUUCAGCGCCAAUGGGCAAAGCCAUGCCCAAGGAAGAAGGCGCCGGACCUGGAGGUUCGGUAUCUGCUGCGGCAGUAGCGGCCGACUUUGCGAUACGCGGGAUUUACGGUUUGCCCCCGAAUCCUGGUUCGAUGCCUCCUUCGCCACAGGCGCAACGUCUCAUGAAGCACUCGGGUGGUCGCGAAGAACCUUCUCAGGAAGAGCAGGAGUUCCUUUCUGCACCUCACAUGUGGCGAGACUCAGGAUACAAAGUACCGGAGGACAUUACAGAAAAGGCCAAAAUGGUGAGACAGCAGAAAAGGGAGGGAGAGAACAAGCCGCAUAUCAAGCGACCAAUGAACGCGUUUAUGGUUUGGGCGAAGGACGAGCGACGAAAGAUACUCAAAGCCUGUCCUGAUAUGCAUAACUCGAACAUAUCCAAGAUACUCGGGGCUCGAUGGAAAGCUAUGUCCAAUUCUGAGAAGCAGCCCUACUAUGAGGAACAGUCGCGGCUCUCGAAGCUUCACAUGGAGAAGCACCCGGAUUACAGGUACAGGCCACGUCCCAAGCGCACGUGCAUCGUCGACGGGAAAAAGAUGCGGAUCUCCGAGUACAAGUCCUUGAUGCGUCAAAGACGGCAAGAGAUGAGGCAGCUCUGGUGCCGUGACGGAGGACCGGAAAUGGGAUUCCUCUCGCCCGUUAGCUCGGAGAUGAGCGGGCAGCAUCCAGGGGGCGCUGGACCUUCCGCGACGCCCUCGGUUUCACCUCCCGCCACGAUGCUCAACGGAGCCGGUCCUAGCUCGGAUCAUCCUUCCUUCUACUAUCCUCAGGACAGCCUCUCGCCCACGGACAUGAUGAACUUCUCGCCCGACAACUCGGGCUCGAUGGGCGGCUACGACGCCAGUCCGCGCCAUCACGACGAGGAUUGAACCGUGGCUCCGGGUCAGCCCUUGUGGCCGCCCGGAGCUUCCAAACUCGCUCGCGAGUUGUUCUGGUAACCAAAGUUAUCUGCUCGACCGUAACUCCUCGGCGCUGCCGUCGGUUUCGUCGGCAGCUCCAGAACAGCCGGACACUGCUAACGCCACGGAGCUGGGCCGUCGGACUAGAUUGUGAUAACCUUUAAAUCUCUGUGCCAUCGGACGACAAGAGUUACGGCGUCAACGGAACCUGAGUUUCCAAAUACGUAAGCCGCUCCGAACGGAAGAAGCGUCCCGUGGCUUUUCUUCGGAUCGAGGAGAAUCACGACGUGCGACUUUCUUCGGGAACGGACCGGGACUCGUGUGAAUAGUCAGACGACGAAAGUAGUGCAUUGAGACACGGGGAUAUGUAAAAAUUCGAAAACUUACAGUCGACGUGCGUUCAUGAGAACACGUCGAACGAUCACUCGUAAUCAGUCUAAUAAUCAAAAAGCAACCAAUAAAAAGAAACUGACGUCUGAUAAACAUGAUCGUCACGUAAGCUAAGGCAGAAAGAGGGGACGAGUAGCGCUCGCAAUGCGCACGCAUCGGUGUAAGUAUGACGUAAGCAGAGUGAACGUAAUUAAACGUAUACAUAUAGCUAAUCUUUGUAAGACUGCACAAGUCAUUGUGCGUGCUGACUAGCGUGAUUGGAGGUUACCUGUGUUAAUGCUCCAUCGAACUCACUAUCGUUAGACUGCGCCAGACGGGCGAAUCGCUACGCAAAUACAUAGAAAAAUCAACAGGACACGUGCUGCGCGGCAAAGUCUUGUUCCUAUUCCUUCGAGUGUACGUGAGCGCAUGCGCGCGCGUGUCUCUCUGCGUCUCUCACGCUACCUUCUACUACGCGUGCCUCUUCGAUCUAUGGCUCUUCCCAUCGUCACCCGAUCGGCUACCGACCAGGCUGAUCUCUUAUGUUUCGCAAAGUUGUAUCUAACCAACCUGCUCUACCUUACCGACCUACCAAUGGUAUUCGUACUGUCAAGGCUUACCCUCGUCCCUCGUCACUUCCUCGGGGGAUUUCGAGGGAUCCACGUGACUCUCGGGGACGCGACAAGACACAAAACACGGCUGUGUCCGUGCAAUUAGUUGCGCCCAUAAUUGUGCAUGAGUCUGUGCCGAGUUGUGAUUGUCUCUGGGAAGAAUAGAUGCGAGCGACGGAAGGGGCAUAGGCUGCACGGAGAGAGCGCAGUGAUAGGGAAAAAGAGGAAUGCAGUAGAGGAGAGAGAAAAAAUAUGAAGAAAGAGAAUUGUGACGACACGAGACGACGCGACACGACAAAUCACGACUUUCCACGCGUUAAGAUAACGACUUUGUAUACCCUAGGAAUGCUUAGUACUUAUAGUAUUUUCAUUAUUAAUUUAUUGACCAUAGCGUUAUGACUUAUGACGAAUAAUACGAGGAAAAUACGCGAAGAACAGCGACGUCAAUUUUAGUACACUGUUAUGCAUUGUAAAAACGAUGAGAAAUUAAUGUUACUUAUUGGUCGAUCUAAACUAAUCGUCAAAUCAUUAGCCGACGUUAUAUUAUGUUUACUUGUCGAUACAUUCUUUUAAUGUAAAACUUCAUCCUCGAUAAAGGAUGCGCUCCUUAUUCCGGCGCUGAAAUGAGAGACGGCGAAAAAGGAAAAAGGAAAAAGGAAAAAGGUGGCAGAGGAUAGGGGAUCGAAUAGGUGAGAGAGCGAAUGCGUGCGCGUACGUGCCUGUGUGUCUCUGCGGUAAGUGAAGGAGGUGGUGCAGGUCGUUACAUGCUGGAGGAUGGUGAAUAGAAAUUUGUCAAGUCGCAGCUCACGAUACAAUCUAACGUGGAUAAAGGAGGGACAAUUAAUGGACGGAUCGAUAUAAGGGAUUACUGGGCAAUCACGACGGGAGCUUGAUGUGAUAAUACUAAUGUGCCAAAUAGCGUUUUUUGAGGGCAGGAGGUAAUCGAAACCUCCAAUUCCGAGUCAACUCGUUGGCCCGAUGUGAAAACUCGAUAUACUUUACGUCUCUUCUUUUUCACUUUUUGUUAUUUAUAAUCAGUGCAAUUAUAUACAAGGUACCUAAUAUAAUUUUAUAAAAAGAGCCAGUAUCCUUAAAAUAUCUGCGCCACCGUAGAUGCUCACUACAACCGGUGACAGGUAGGAUAGCUUAAUGUUAAUAAUAUUUAUUUGAUGUAUAUAAUGGAUUUGUACAAUGCGUCGGUCGUGUCCCUCGAUCUGGAAGCCGAUGCAAGCGUCAAUAUUAUUAAUGUACAGUGUAACUAUAUUAAUUGUGAUGUACCUACGUAGCUAUACAGUAUGUAUGUAAUUACUUCACAUACCUAGAUUAAUAAUGUUAAUCACUUCUAUUAUUAUUCCUGCUUAUUAUUAUAUUAUCAUCAUUAUUAUUAUUAUUAUCAAUAUCAUUGUCAUUACGGACGUUAUCUUUAUUAUUACUAUUAUUAAAUUUAUUAUUAUUUUUAUUACUAUUCUGAUCACUACUACUGCUACACUUUUACUAACGCCGAUGCUGCUGCUACUAUUAAUGUUACUGCCAUUACUACUUGCUGCUGCUCCACCUACUACUACUCCCAGACCUCUGUCGUUUAAGUAGUUAAACUAUUUGGCCCGUAUACAGAUUUUUACUUUGUCAAAUGACGCCUCCAAGGCAACGGUAAGCAAAUGAUACUAAACGAUUACUUAAUUCUAAGAUAAACAUGGACCGAAUAAACGACACGAAUACGGACCGUAAUCUCCGGCGGUAGAGAGAUUUUACGUGCCAGUGUAAAUGACAACAUUAGGUUCGUUGCUCCGUUACUCGAAUACUCAUUCAAAUAUCAAUGUUAAGCCACGCCACUUGAGGCACGUUGCUUCGUGCAUUUUACAAAAUGAGUAUACUUUUGUAAUCGUGAUUCUUAUCAGGAUUAUACUAUUGGACAUUAUAUUUAUGUUACGCUACACUGCUUUACUAUACGUCAUUCAGCGAAUGCCUUUACACCUCUUUUUUUUUUAUUUGAUUUUUGAUUGAAAUUUACCUGCAUGAAAUUCGACUAAAUUCCAAAUUAUUUCGUUGAAUUCGAGCUUAGACAUUCAUUGGCAAACAUACGUUUGUCGAUUCCUGGUUCUUUGCUUCAUUGAUCGUCAGGUACGGUGAAAAAGAUUGUGAAAACUGUUGUUGUUUGUAGUAGGUGAAAGUGGACCGGGGAAAUAUCGUCCGAAAAACACCUUCAGCUGACGUAUCGCUGGUGUUUAUUGGCGUGCAUUUUAUUUUUCAAUGUGCCAUAUUUUCUGUAAUAUCACAUUUUUCUUUGCUUUACAAUCGUUUACAUUAAUCGUGCGCAAGUUUACUUUGGGUAGCUCACACUCUCUCCCUUUCUCUGCGCCCUCUUGUCUUUCCCUUCUUUCUCCUCUGGCAUUAAGCACUCUCAAUUUACUUCUAAGUCAAUAACUCAAAAUCGCACCUUUAAGACGGAAACAUAUUUCGAAAUUUCAGUUUAUUGGCAUUUUGCAAUUUCGUUGCAUUUUGCCUUCUUUUUUUUUCUCACGGUUACUGAGAACCCGUCCUUGGCUGCUCGUCCUUGUGAAUAGCACUUACUGUCUACUCGAUCACUUAGUUACAACUAGUUUACCGACUCUUAAAAACAUCCGCUGCGCGAACACGAACUGUAAGAAUAGUAAAUUGUAAAUCGACUACACUACUCAUAUUAUGGUAUAUCUAACGUAAAAAUGAACUAACAUCCAAUCUCAAUAUUCCAAGCAUUCACUUCAUUUAUACGUAAGUUGUUGUUAAUGAUAUGAAAAAAUAUAUAUAUAUAUAAAAUAAAAUAAUGCUUUACCUAAUUUCGGACUUAGUUCUAAGUACAACGUUAGUCUACGAGAACUUGUAUGUAUGAGCACGGUGUACAUAGAUAUGCAGUACUGGAUAAAUGGACUCGAAUUAUACAAAGUACCGUAUGCAAGCGUGGAUGCCAUUGAUAUUCUCUAGUGGCCCUCGUAACAAUACUUAUCGAAUAAUCACACUUUCCGUCACACAGGUCACGAAUUCGGUUCGGUAAAAGACAAAAUCAAAACUCCAAUCUAUAUGCGCAUCGCAAUUGUUUAGGUGUUUCGUCGUUUUUCCAGUUGACGCAGCCAUUAUACAAUUUCGAUAAUUCCAUAUGAAUGAGUAGAGUACGGAGCGUCUGAACGAGGGUGUGCUCUUUUUUUUCAUCAGUGUUGUUAUGUGGGCUGUGCAACAUAUGUAGGAUAUAGUGAAAUAAAUGAAAAGUCACCACUAGGAGAAACGCAUGGUACAUAUAGUAUGUAAAUCCUCGACUCUUCUAUCGACUCUUUCAAUCCCUUGAUUGCUUGCCACCUUUUCAUUUUUUGCAUGCCAACGUGUAAAGAACCUCUCCUUGAAACUCCUCGUCAUCUCACGCUGAAAAUUCUACUCUUCAAUGAUUUAUAUAUAUAUAUGAAAAUGAACGAGCCAAUGAAUCAUUUCAGAUUUCAUGCGUAUAUACGUGAUUGUGUAGAAUAUGAUGCAAAGUGGAGGUAAGACUUCGAUAUUAUAAGAUAUAUGUUACGUGUAGAAUCUUAUUCUCGUUUCUGCAUCGCAUUGUUUAUACGUCAUGUACAUACGCAUACGAGAUGAAAUUGUACGUCGAAUGAAGGUGGUGCUGUACUUUCGGAAAGAGAUAGAAAAAAAAAAAGUGUCAUAUGAACAAUUUUAUUCGGCGACGAAUUCGUUAAAUUGUGCGUGAAUAGACAUCGCGAAAUAGUUGACUCAGGACUCCGUUUUAGAAUCAGAAUGGAACCAAUCGACGUAAAGAUGUUUAUCGUUCGCAGUGCAAUAAUCCUUAAUAGCUCGAAAUUCAUUGAUUCUAGAUGUCACUUCUCUUCGCUGAUAAUGACAUCAAGAUGCAUUGUAUCGCAUAGGAAACAGUUCUAUUAUAAACACACAGAUAUAUCAUUAUAUUUAUUAUAAUAAUUUAAAAAUUAGGUACUCUUUGUUGUUUGUAUUUUACAUGCGUAAUCAUUAUUAUAUUACAUAUAAAUAAAUACAUAUAUAAAUGAA